AGAAAAGUUGGUUGGUCUGGUCGUUUUCCGGUAAUGCCAACACGCCAAGCCACGUUUCUCUGGGCUCAGUUCAUUCCAAGUCUGCACCAAACUCCAAGCGAACGAACUGCACAAAACCUUCCCUGUCUUGCUCUCUCUUCUGCUUCAAUUUUCACGGCGCAAACAUGAAGCUCAAAGCCCUAGCUCGACCUCCCCUCCCUCCCCUCCCGAUCCCUGACAUGAAUCUUCUUCGUCGUCGCAGUAUCCUCCCCAAGAAACGGCCUCUCUCUUCGCUUAAACCCAACUCUUUUCAUGGUCGGGCUACUUCAGAUUUGCGUAUUCUCGCUCCUACACAUUUUACCAACAAGUUUAUCGCCGCUUGUCUCAGUUCUAGUUCUAGCGAAAAGCUCGGCGAUACUUGCGAUUCAGAGACGGGAGAGAACGAUUAUGAUGAAGAAGAGAGGGUUGACAAGAGGGCGACGAGAGGGGAAUUGGCGAAUCAGAGCUUGUGGAAUCAAAUCGUAGAAAUCGUGAAGUUUUCGGGCCCUGCAACGGGUCUGUGGAUAUGCGGGCCGUUGAUGAGUCUCAUCGACACUGCCGUCAUUGGUCAAGGAAGCUCCAUCGAGCUUGCUGCUUUAGGUCCGGGAACAGUGCUCUGCGAUAAUAUGAGUUAUGUGUUCAUGUUCCUAUCAAUUGCUACCACAAACAUGGUUGCCACUUCACUGGCCAGACGGGACAAAAAUGAAGUGCAGUAUCAAAUAUCGAUCUUGCUCUUCAUUGGGUUGGUGUGUGGCUUAUCAAUGCUUUUGUUUACCAGAUUCCUAGGAACAUGGGCUCUUACAGCUUUUACAGGACCCAAAAAUGCACACAUUGUUCCAGCUGCCAACACAUAUGUCCAGAUACGAGGCUUGGCAUGGCCAGCAGUUCUUGUUGGAUGGGUUGCUCAAAGUGCGAGUCUUGGCAUGAAAGAUUCAUGGGGACCUCUAAAGGCCCUAGCCACUGCUACUGUCAUAAAUGGAGUUGGUGACAUACUCCUCUGCAGCCUUAUGGGCUAUGGAAUAGCUGGUGCAGCAUGGGCUACCAUGGCAUCACAAGUUGUUGCUGCCUAUAUGAUGAUUGAAGCUCUAAAGAAAAAAGGAUAUAAUGCUUUCGCCCUUACUAUUCCAUCAGCCAGUGAACUUCUGACGAUAAUCGGGCUAGCUGCUCCAGUGUUUGUCUCAUUAAUGUCAAAGGUGGGUUUUUACUCCCUAAUUAUCUAUUUUGCAACAUCGAUGGGCACGCAUGUUGUGGCGGCUCACCAGGUCAUGAUUCAAAUUUACAGCAUGUGUGUCGUAUGGGGUGAGCCUCUAUCUCAAACAGCGCAAUCAUUUAUGCCUGAGAUGAUGUUUGGAGUCACUCAGAAUUUGGCAAAGGCCAGGUUACUGCUAAAAUCACUUGUAAUUAUUGGCACGAUAUGUGGAUUGGUAAUUGGAACAAUUGGGACAUCUGUUCCUUGGUUCUCUCCCACUAUCUUUACACCUGAUCAAAGUGUCAUCCAAGAGAUGCACAAGGUGUUGAUACCGUUCUUUAUGGCAUUAGCAGUGACACCCUGCACUCAUAGCCUUGAGGGCACAUUGCUGGCUGGACGAGAUCUUAAAUUCAUAAGUUUGUCAUUGAGUGGAUGCUUUUCCUUGGGUGCUUUGUUGCUCUUGCUCUUGAGCAGCAAAGGAUAUGGAUUGCCAGGUUGUUGGUGUGCACUUGUAGGAUUUCAAUGGGCUCGGUUUUUCCUCGCUCUCCAACGCCUGCUGUCUCCAGAUGGCAUACUUCAUGACAAUGAUUCAGGAAAAUACAAGCCGAGCAACCUGAGAGCUACAUAGCUUCAUAUCCGUGUCUAAUUCGGCCCGUCAACAGAUAAGCAAUCAUGAAGCAGGAAGAAGUCAUCAAAAUUGAGCUAAUGAAGCUUCCGGAGGAAUGAAUUAUGUACACGGACGAGAAUAGCCGCGAAUCUGUACAUCAUGCUAAGUUGGACGAAGUGUUAAAAGGCCUUGUCUAUUGCCGUUUUGACUGUUUCUGAAUUCUGAUGUUUCAGUGUAGAAGAAAGGGGCAAUGAUAGUGAUUGGAAUGGCUGUGGCUCUGUGA